CUUUCCUGGCUCCAGGGAGGCAUCAUGGAAAAACUACGGAUGCUUUGCGGGGCAGCGUGGGUGGGAGCAGCACAGGGCGCAGGGAGGGAAGUCUAGGCCCUCCCCUGCUCGCGCACCCCGAAAUGGCUCAGAUGCAGGACGAGCAGAGAGGGGGCGCGCCCUUGAUGGCGGAAGGCAAGGCGGACGCCGAGGUAAAGCUCAUUCUGUACCACUGGACGCAUUCCUUCAGCUCUCAAAAGGUUCGCUUGGUAAUUGCCGAAAAGGCAUUGAAGUGCGAGGAACAUGAUGUAAGUCUGCCCCUGAGUGAGCACAAUGAGCCUUGGUUUAUGCGUUUGAACUCAACUGGAGAAGUGCCUGUCCUUAUCCACGGGGAAAACAUUAUUUGUGAGGCCACUCAGAUCACUGAUUAUCUUGAACAGACUUUCCUGGAUGAAAAAACGCCCAGGUUAAUGCCUGAUAGAGGAAGCAUGUAUUACCCUCGGGUACAGCACUACCGAGAGCUGCUCGACUCCCUGCCAAUGGACGCCUACACGCACGGCUGCAUUUUACACCCAGAGCUAACUGUGGACUCCAUGAUCCCAGCUUACGCAACGACAAGGAUUCGCAGCCAAAUUGGGAACACAGAGUCUGAGCUGAAGAAACUUGCCGAAGAAAACCCCGAUUUACAAGAGGCAUACAUCGCCAAGCAGAAGCGACUUAAAUCAAAGCUGCUUGACCACGACAAUGUCAAAUAUUUGAAGAAAAUUCUUGAUGAGCUGGAGAAAGUCUUGGAUCAGGUUGAAACCGAGUUGCAAAGGAGAAAUGAAGAAACACCAGAAGAGGGUCGCCAGCCCUGGCUCUGUGGGGAGUCCUUCACCCUGGCAGACGUCUCGCUCGCUGUCACCUUGCAUCGGCUCAAGUUCCUGGGCUUUGCGAGGAGAAACUGGGGGAAUGGAAAGCGGCCCAACUUGGAAACCUACUACAAUCGUGUCUUGAAGAGGAAAACAUUUAACAAGGUUUUAGGACAUGUCAACAAUAUAUUAAUCUCUGCAGUGCUGCCAACGGCAUUCCGGGUGGCCAAAAAAAGGGCCCCCAAAGUGCUUGGCACCACCCUUGGGCUUGGUCUGCUUGCAGGAGUGGGGUAUUUUGCUUUUAUGCUCUUCAGGAAGAGACUUGGAAACAUGAUAUUAGCACUCAGACCCAGAUCAAAAUAUUUCUAGGCCUGUAGGGACCCGGUGAUGGCAGCUUGCCCCCCCAUUUAGCUGAACAUUGUCCACUCUGCCAGGCCCAGUGAGGCUACUGGGCAACUAGUCAACAGCAUAAUUUCCUUUACUCUUUGGGUAUGUCACGUGGGGAGAGGCGGCGCUGACAGUGCCGUGUGGGCUGGCAACUUGGAGAUUACCCAUUCGCAAGCCUGACCUAACGUAUCCUUAAAACCCGUACAAGGUCAAGAUGCAUCAGUGCUGACAGGUAGAGAACAGACCUUUGUCUCAAACUGCCAGUUCGAGUUCUGAUUUUUUUUUGGGGGGGCGGGGGAGGAGGGGCAGCUAUUAUUUAUGAGCAGACAGUCAUAAUAACCUGGCAUUGCCUAUACGUCGUCGUCUGAGACUAUCUGGAUGUGCGGAGUGUGGGGCAGUUGGCAGUGUUAUCCCCUGGGAGUCAGAGGUCAUCUUUGUUACACAGCACAACCGUGGCUCGUACCGGCACUGCCAGCUUCAGGCAGAAGUGAGGGAGGCAAAGCGAAGGGGGAACGGGCAGAAAGGGGAGAAUGUGCUCUACUCCGUACAGAGCCCAGCAGCAAAAAGCAACUUCCGGUGCCACUUGUGCCCCCCACGUCUGCCUGCCCCUCACGGCUGCCUGCCCCCCCAGCAGACAUCACCAGGAACACUUGUGCCCACUGCCCACACACCUCCUGUAGUUGAGAACCCCGGGAAAAGAAGACUAAGGCAUUCCUGGGGGAAGUGGGCUGGAGGAGACCCUGGGAUUUACACGCAGGGCAACUCCGUGGACCGUCAUAAUUUUAAAGGCAUAUGAGUCACACUCGUUGAUUGAGAAGAGGCACUGCUUAUAUACUUGGGUGUGAGAUGCCCACUGGGCCAUGUCUGCCUGGCAUUGACAUGAAAAGCUGAAGUGAGGUCAAAAUGGUUCCUUUCUUUUCAUGGUUUCCCAGUUUGGUGGUGCCUGUGAGGUAUCCAUCCCUCCUAUGGGUGCUGGUGUCCAGUCCUUGGGGGCAUGGCCUCUCCAGCCCCGUUUGUGCACGCAAGUGGCAUCAGGCGAAUGUCCCAGCUAAUCAGUAGCACGGCAAGAGGCUGGGUUGGGGGUUUGAUGGUCUGGGAGUACGAAAUAUGCCCAUUCUGCAUUUGGGGCGGCUGGUGUGUUAGCCCCGAAACUGCUGUCCAGGGCUUGCCUCUGUUUGUGAUCGUAACAAAGCUUCAGAUGGCUACAGAGGAAGACAAAGGUCUGGUUUUAGCCCCUGGCAGUCAAUUCAGGGGGAGAUGAAAUAAGUGGGAUGAAAUAAGUGGCUAGGUGGUGACGCCACCCAUAUUGACUCUUAGAUGUCUAGGCUUUUUGGGGGGUACCUCAGUCCAUCUGGAUGGGACAGUCCCAGUGUACCCCAUGAACUACCACGGGCUGCAUUUACCAGUCUAUGUACAGGAACAAUGCCUCAUGGUGACAGGAUAGGAGGGUUUUCUAGCGCUGGGCAGAAAGGCCUUGGGAGCCGUUUUAGGUCUGGCAGGAAGGACGUACAGAGGAUGAGGCGCUGAGGUUCCGGUCAGCAGCACGAGCUUCUGGGUCUGCCUCAGACUGGCUGUGCGAGCAUCAAAGGCUGUACUGAGUUUUCAUUAACAGGAAGCAGUCAUACCUAGGAAACCGUGAUGUUUUGAUGGUAAAAUGAUUCUAUAAAUCCAUUUCACGAUCCAGUCGCUUUAGAAAAUCUUGAUGAGCUGGGUAUUCCCUGUUUACAAAAAUUGGUAACAUUUCCAGUGUAAAGUCAACACAACAAUCGUUAACAGACUGGCAGCUUUUAUAGUGUCUUAAUUUUGCACCUCAGUGCACUGUCACAUAGUAUCUGAAUUUGUUCCUGGAACAUUCCCAUUCCUGUGUUCAUAAAAGAGCCACAAACCUGAUUAUUCAGUGGUUAAUAGCAUUCUUUACGUAACUCUGUUAGAAGCAAGAACUCGGACAUGAAGAAAUCAAAACUGGAUUUUUAUAAAAAUCUACAAAGGAUUUUUCCUAUUAAGUGAGGGUUCUUAAGAAUAAAAAUUAGAAACCCAGAGCUGGCUUUUAAAAAUUUAUAUUAUUAGCGAACCGGAGAAAAUCUACUAGGGAGUGUUGAUAAAUUUCUGAUACAGUUUCACUGGACAUACGCUGUGUCAAUAUGCAAGAUGAGGCAUCCUGGUGACUUCCCUUGUUUUAUGGGUACCCUUGAGUUUAUCUUUUUAAAAUCUUUGUUCAGGGCUACCUUGGCCACUAGAUGUCACUGUUGAUCCAGUAGUCUGAGAAUGGGUGUUAUUUUGGGUUCAGCAAGCCUUCUGAAAUGUUUCAAGUGAAGAUACACAUUAAUGACCUCAGUUUCUGAAAUGAGGGCAUCUUCAUCAGAUCAUUCAUCUGUAAAAAAGCGUGAGGCACAUGUAAUAUGGAUUUCUAAUGCUUUGGAAGGGACAACAGCACCACACAAUAUCAAGCUCAAGAUCUGAACGUGUACUAUUAGCAAAAUAGGCACUUUCAUGUGUUUUGUUUUUCACGUUCAUUGGUGACUUGGCUAUUGGGCUCCUCUGUUUCCAAAAUUUGUAUAAAUAUCACAAUUAGAAAAAUGCCUGAGGUACUAAAUUUAUGUUGGCUGUUUGUGUCUUCAUGGGUAAAUACUGUUUCAUUGUUAUUGCAAUUAUAUGCUUUUGGAAUCCAUUUUCCUUAACUGCAGAUAGUUGUAAAUUGCUUGCUUGAUUUUUUUUGUAUAAUAGUUAUUGAUAUCGACACCAGAAUUGUAGAUUUUUUGUUGAAUGUAAUAGAGAUCAAAAUACUAUUCUGCCUGUAAGAUCAAUAAAAGUAAUUGAAAAAUAAAUAUGAACCUUGCAA